UGCUGUAAAUUUGCGGGACCCGGAAGUUGUGGCAGAGUGACUCGUCACUGUUCCGUUCCAAUCUUUGCUUCUGCUAGGGUGCUGACUUCACUUGGGACAAUGAGCCACGCCGAGGAACCCAAAGUGCCUGCUGCUCCACACAUAGUGGGAGAAGAGCUUAUGGCUGCAGGCAAAUGGCUAAAGCUGGAGAAGACCACGUACGUGGACCGCUCCGGAAGCACCAGAACCUGGGAGACCGUGAAGCGGACAACAAGGCAAACCAACACCGAAGCAGAUGGUGUUGGGAUUAUCGCCCUGCUGAAGCGGACGCUGCACAAAGACUGCGUGGUGAUGGUGAAGCAGUUCCGUCCCCCCAUGGCAUGCCACACUCUGGAGUUUCCUGCAGGGUUGAUUGACGAGGGGGAAAGUGCUGAGGCGGCUGCUUUGAGGGAGCUAAAAGAAGAAACUGGCUACAAAGGGGAAGUUGUGGGAAUCACUCCAGUGACCUGUCUGGACCCCGGUCUGUCUAACUGCACCACUCAGAUGGUCAUGGUCAACAUCAACGGAGACGAGGGGGAGAAUAUCAACCCAACGCAGCAGCUCGGUGAGAGUGCAGAUUCCUUUACUCAUCUCCAACUGUCUUGUCUAUUCAAAUAUUUAUGUAAUCUUUGAUCUCUGGCAGAAUUCUCAAGUGAAGCGCAUGAGUGAUAUUCAAGGGAACAUUUCAACAUUAUAACUGAACACUUUUGGGUACAAACGAAGCCAGGCAAAGGAAAACGGGGAUAUACUUAUAUUAAUUGUGUUUUUUAACAUUAAUGUUCUCUUUUGUUCUUCCUUGCAGGUGAUGGAGGUGAGUUAUUUUCCUUUUUAAAAUACAUUAGAUAAAAUUAAUAAAAUGUAUCCUGGAUCAAAUCAAGGUUGUAUGCUCUUCUUGCAGAAUUUGUUGAAGUCAUUCUCUUACCACUCGAUGAAUUCCAGGUGAAAAUAGAUGAUCUCGUGAAGAAAGAAAAGAUUGUGGUGGAUGCCAAAGUGUACAUCUUCGCCAUGGGGAUGGUUCAGGCCUUCUUUAAGCCGAGGGAACUCCCCGUCCUGAAGCAGUGAAGGCAAACAUUCGGGAUGAGAGAAAAGUAAAUGUUCUUUUCUGUUACAAUGGGCAUACAACAUAGGACCAGCAAAAAAGGCCUUCCAAAUUAUAGUAGGAUGUUAUUUAAAUGUGGUUUCAGACGCAAGUAACUUCCUUAAGUUAUAUCUGCGAUGUAUAACGACCAUCCAUAGAGCAAAAUGAAAUCUGGAAGACAUAUUAACAACUGCGUUUUAAACUGACCGAAUGCAGACGUCUAAUUAUGAAAUGGAAGUCUGGAAAUGGCAGUGGUUUUUGGAAAUGAACGUAUGAAGGAGUUCUGUUUACAAUUGCUGGCCCACUUUGUGGUGGUCACUAUGGAGGUACUACCUAACCCCCCCAGGACUGACGCAUACUCUGGUUGGCCCAUUGUUUAAUCAUUCACACUCAACAGCCUUUAGUCUAGAACGACUAAAAAUGUCCCCCGUUUUAUUUUUAUGAGAUUACGUGUAGUUUGAUGAGACGCUGCUUUUACUGAGUGAUCAAAAAAACAUUCCUAACAUACUGUUUUGCAGACUUAAUGGCUGCAAAAAACUCACCUCCAAACACUUUAAGCAUGCAUAUUUGUCUAAAGGGCUGCUGAGAACAGAGGAAAUCGUCCAUUUUUAGACAAACCAGACAACCAGUUAGUUAUAAAUAACCCCUGCAUUGUUAUAAUAUUAACACAUAAUGCAUUCUUUUGAGGUAUUAACAAACCAUUUUUGCUUUUUUUCUUGUGUAACUCCACUGUAAUGUAAAACAGAUGCUGUUGUGAUAAAGGUAGCAAAUGAUCAAUAGGAAAUAAUUCAUUUUGUGCCAAAUAACAAUACUGUUGCUGUACUCUAGACUAGAAAUGACUGACCAUUUAAUAAAUGUUAUUCUACUUUUA